UAAGAGGUUCAAACACGGAGGAUUGUUCGCUCAGCGCUGUAAAUUAAAUUUCCCUUAACUUUCCCCUUAACUGCCGAAUCGGAAGCUCUGAAUCGGAAGCCAACUUCAGCGUCGUGUUUGAAACUGUCUGCUUCUUGGAACACACCGUCCAUCAUUAAUAGCCUGGCUAUUCCUAUAAAUGUAUUCCUUUAUUGCAACACAGCUGAAAAGCCUGUUGUGUUGUAACGCUCUCAACAGACGGAGUGCAGCUUCUUGUGCUCAUUGCAUAACUUUAUUCCUAUAAAAGAAGAACAAAGUGUUUAGUUAAAGCACUUCUCUACUGAACACGGCAUCACACACUUCUACAAGUAUAAGACUGGACAAUGAGGGCUGCAGUAUUCACCAUUCUCUUGCUGGUCAUAUAUCAAGGCGAGGCCCUGAAGUGUAACUUCUGCUUCUCAAUGAAGAGUAAGCUCUGCACCCCCACCGGCACCCAGACCUGCUUAGGGGCGGACGACGGCUGCGUCGCCGUCACCCUGACCGGCGCCCUCAGCUCUUCUUACCGUUCUUGCAUGAACAUGGCGGCGUGUCAGAGCUGGGUCUCGGUCCCCGGGGUGUUCGGCAUAUGCUGCAACACCGACCUCUGUAACUGACUCUGUCUGAGAGCUUCCUCUGCUGGCUUCAUAUCACUGUUACACCGCUGCCAUGCACAUCAGAGUCUGUUUGAAUUUUGAAAUGCUAUUAAAGAGAUGAGUGGUAUUUGUAAGAA